AAGGACAGAGACGCUGACUAGGUAAGAUAAAGAGGCAAGAGGUGUGAGCAGCAUCCAAAGAGGCUUGGGCUUCAGUUGUGGAGAGGGAGAGAGCCAGGUUGAAAUGGGCAGCAGGCCGCUUUCCCCACUGUCACCAACAUGAAGCUGCUCGCAGCAACUGUGCUGCUCCUCACCAUCUGCAGCCUUGAAGGAGCUUUGGUUCGGAGACAGGCAGAGGAACCAAGUGUGGAGAGCCUGGUUUCUCAGUACUUCCAGACGGUGACUGACUACGGCAAGGACCUGAUGGAGAAGGUCAAGAGCCCAGAGCUUCAGGCCCAGGCCAAGGCUUACUUUGAAAAGUCAAAGGAGCAGCUGACACCUCUGGUCAAGAAGGCUGGAACGGAUCUGGUUAACUUCUUGAGCUAUUUCGUGGAACUUAGAACACAACCUGCCACCCAGUGAGGUGUCCAGACCAUUGUCUUCCAACCCCAGCUGGCCUCUAGAACACCCACUGGCCAGGCCUGGAGCUCCUCUCCCUACCCACUCUUUGCUACAAUAAAUGCUGAAUGAAUCCA